GGUUGAACGGUAUUCUGCUGUAGGGCUGCAACAACUGACAAUUGAGCACUUUACCCUCAUGAUACAAAGCGAGAACGGAAACCUCAAUUUAAAUAUACCUGAAACACAGGAUCGCAGGAAGACACAUUAUGAGGCACGCAACUGCAGCAACAGAAACCAUGGAAAAUAAUUCAUUUACAGUAACAGACUUAUAUAAAAUAUGCGCUCAUUGUGAACGGCUAAGCAAAAAGGACUUAGGAGUUCGGAUCCCAAGACCACUGGGAAAUGGACCAAGUAGAUUUAUCCCUGAAAAAGAGAUACUUCAAGUCAGUAAAGUAGAUCCGAGGGCGCAAUCGAUAUUUGAGGACGCAUUUGCUGCACUGGGUCGUCUUGACAACAUCUCCUUGGUGAUGGGCUUCCACCCACAGUACCUGGAGAGUUUCCUGAGAACACAGCACUACCUGCUGCAGAUGGAUGGGCCCUUAUCCCUGCACUACCGCCACUACAUAGGCAUCAUGGCUGCGGCCAGACACCAGUGCUCCUACCUGGUCAACCUCCACGUCAACGACUUCCUCCAGGUGGGAGGGGACCCCAAGUGGCUGAAUGGCCUGGACGGAGCCCCACAGAAGCUGCAGGCUCUUGGGGAGCUCAACAAGAUCCUGGCCCACCGGCCCUGGCUUCUUACCAAGGCACACAUUGAGCACCUGCUGAAGGCUGAAGAACACAGCUGGUCCCUGGCUGAGCUGAUCCAUGCUGUGGUGCUCCUCACACACUACCACUCCCUGGCAUCCUUUACCUUUGGCUGUGGCAUCACCCCUGAGAUCCACAGUGAUGGUGGGCACACCUUCAGACCUCUCUCCCUCAGCCAGUACUGUGUCUGCGACAUUGCCAAUGGCAAUGGGAACGGCAACGACCUGGAGGAAAGGAGAAGCAGCCAUCAGGUGUCUGGUGAGGUGGAGGUGCUGAUGGAGAGAAUGAAGCAGCUGCAGGAGUGUCGUGAUGAAGAGGAAGCCAGUCAGGAGGAGAUGGCCACACGCUUUGAGAGGGAGAAGACUGAGAGCAUGCUGGUGGCCACGGCAGAGGACGAGGAGUGUGUUCAGUCAAGAGACGUGUCCAGGCACUUUGAAGACCCCAGCUACGGCUACAAGGACUUUUCCAGGAGAGGAGAACAUGUACCCACCUUCAGAGUGCAGGACUACAGUUGGGAGGACCACGGCUACUCCCUGGUGAACCGUCUGUACCCUGAUGUUGGUCAGCUGCUGGAUGAGAAGUUCCAGAUGGCCUACAACCUGACCUACAACACCAUGGCCAUGCACAAAGACGUGGACACCACCAUGUUGCGCAGGGCUAUCUGGAACUACAUCCACUGCAUGUUCGGCAUCAGGUAUGAUGACUAUGACUACGGGGAGAUUAACCAGCUGUUGGACCGCAGCUUUAAGGUCUACAUUAAGACCAUGGUGUGCAGCCCGGAGAAAACCACCAAACGAAUGUAUGAGAGCUUCUGGAGGCAGUUCCAGCACUCCGAGAAGGUCCAUGUAAAUCUGCUUCUCAUGGAAGCGCGCAUGCAGGCAGAACUGCUCUACGCUCUGAGAGCGAUCACCUGCUACAUGACAUGAAGUGCUUUUGGCGUUUAUCGUUGUAUUUUAUUGUCGUUGUUGCUCUCGUUGGACACCUUUUAAAAUACAUUUUAAAAACCAAUGGGGGGGGGGGGACAGAAAGGAGCUCUGCUCAUCCUUGUGAUGGAUGGAACAAAAGAGAAUGGUGGGGGAGAGCAAAAGAAAUAACUGCAAAAAAAUAAUAAUCCGAACCCAUUUGUGGAAAGAUGAGCUUUGUUGGUCCUCUUUGCCUGCAUUGCCAAAACUCACCAUGAGGGGCAGACUCCCUCUGGCAGGAGUGUGUGGCCAACCUUCCAGUAUUCCAAUACAUAUCAGUGGAUGAUGUCACUGAAGUCUCCUUAGUGUGAAAAACCCACAGCAAUUAUCCAGAAAGAAGAGCAGUACACCAGUCUACACUCAAUGUAAUCAUAGUUCUUUUUUGUGGGGGGUUGUAAUUAAGAGAAGUUAUCAUGGGGGUUGAUGUUAUUGCUGUAACUGGAGGUUAUGAAAUCAUAAUUUGGGCUGGGUGGUAGUGUGCCUGAUUUGUAAUAUCAGUGUUCAGAGGUGCUGCCUGAUACUGCUGCUCAUGUAAGCAUGGGGUCAUAUUGACCCCCACACCCUAACCAUCCUAAACUGUUUGUGUAAGCUAACCCAAGGAAUGUGUGUGUGUGUGAGAACAGAAAGGUGUUGGAAAAGCUAAAAAAAAAAAGAGACCUAUUCAGUUUGACUGCAAGUAUGAGAGGCUCUCUGUGACAAGUAUUGUGUGUGUUUUAUAAAAAAAAUGUUGGGAUUUCAAGUGUUUAAAAAAAAAAGGGCAAGGCACUCUUUUUGUGUGGUGACUUAACUCGAUCUGUUUUGUUUCUGGUAGAAGCUUUGUCCUGUAAGGAAAAAAGACCAGCUAAAAAUAAUAUUUUUUAAAAACCAGGUCUUCUAGGGGAUUGACUUCCAGUUGUCAUAAAGAUUACGUCACCUGUCUGUCUUCCACAUUCACCCUUUGACCCUGGCCUGGUCAUCCACACCUUCAAAGCUUUGGAUUGUGAGUUUUACCAGUACAUACCUCUUCUGUUUUCUCUAUCACAUUAAGAAGUGCUCUUUGGCAAGCAGAAUGACUCUUUAUUUCUCUGGGUCGCUUGGCUUCCAUUCGUAGGGAGCCCGGUUGGUCUUAACUGGACCGACUGUGGUUGAUGCAGUCGGUCAUAGCUGAGCUUGUUUCCUCUGUGGAAGCCUAACCAGUGCAAAAGCAGCUCUUUUUUUUAUUUUUUAAAGACGAUGGCAGACUCAUCCACUGUUUUUAUUUAUGUUGACUGAAAACAAGUAAAGUACUUGCAUUCUUCUGAGGGUGGGUUGAGACAGUUGAUCGUUUGAUAAGAUGAUUAUGGAAUGGUACAUUAUUUGGAGGUGGUUGUGGUAGGAAGUCGAGGUUUCAUACUUGACUGUCAGACACUUUUUAUUAAAGAAAUUAAAUAUAAACUUAUUUUCUAGUUUUCUCCCUAAAACUGUUUUUGCUGCAUCAAAAUGUUCACUCAUUACGUAACACAGGUACAUUUGGACUCAUUCAUGCAACAAACCCACCAAAUUGUAGUCACAGCACAUGUCCAUUGUUCAGCUUGCAAAUAAUGCCUCUGCUCUCCCAUCAAUUAGUUUCCAAUGAUAUAGGAAAACAUUUGGCUAUUAGAUACAUUUUGCACACUUUAAUGCAAUAGUGGCUCCCACACAAAUGAACUGUUUCGCACAACAGCGUAAGACUUAGGUGUAUGAGUCCAAAUCCUAGCAGUGUUUCAGUUUCGAGUCAGAGUCCCACAACUGCUGUGCUAAAACAUUUUAACUUGUCUGUAAUGUGCAAUGAGAUGAGGGGACAUUCCCUCUAGGAUCAUCUUUUGAGCUUUGUUCUGCUCAUUUCUGUCCUCACUGGAAAAACUCCCUGGCAUGACUGGCUAUAGACUGAAAUCUUUGGGAUUUUUUUCCAUUAAGGACAGAGGGUGACUUGGUCCAUUCAAUCACCAGCAGUAUGUCUACUUGACUGACUCAUUUCCCUAUGACAAUCUGAAAAAGGACGAGACUAAACAAAUGAUGCUCUUAACACCAUGAUCAGCCAGCUAGCUAGCUGUUUCAUAUCAACCCAGACAAACAUCUAUCAUGUGGAGAACAAUGUUUGUCAUUGAAUAUGCCUGAUGAAAUGCUAUUGGGUUGUCUUGUGUGAUGUCACUGAACGCUUUAAUUUUGUAUAGUAGGACAAGGAAGUGGGGAACUGAGGUUUGUUUUUACAGAAGUGCUGUUUUUUUUCUGUUUUUUCCUUAAUGUGAUUUGAAAACGCUGUCACUUUGCAGCAGCACUGCCUGGUCCAUAUUUGUGUAACAAUAAAGGCUUUGAGGAGCAUGUUUACAAUA